CCCUCCCCAAAAUGCCUUCCGGAAUCCCUUACAAUCUUCUGACUACCCUAUUCAGAAUGGCGCUUCCUCUCUAUAAGAAAGCUUGACUCGAGACUGUGCAUAUACGUCCGCCCGGCAGCAUGAUUAUCUUCAUUGCCAAAGUAAUCUUUGCACUCGUACUGAUUCCUAUCGGGUAUAUAGUCUAUGGUCUUGUUUAUCGUUACCAUCAAAGGUCGUUGAAGUUCCUUCGAGGACCAGCAAACACAUCUUUGUUUUUCGGCGCGGAUUAUGAUUUACUGCACCAAGAAGAAACUGGCGUCCUCGAGAAAAAAUGGUUUGAGGAAUACGGUACCGCGUUCCGAGCAAGCACUUACUUUUCCGAAGAUAUGCUCAUGGUCGCUGAUCCUAAAGCUCUACAAUAUGUUACUGUUACUUCGGGUUACCGUUUUCCCAAGCCUGAAGACGUCCGGCAAAUAACCGCCUUCUUAAUGGGUCGUGGGAUCUUGAACGCUGAAGGCGUAAUUCAUAACCGCCAUAGGAAGGCACUCAAUCCAGCAUUUUCGGCCAAACAGCUACGACAAUUUCUCGGAUUGUUUCAACGUUCGACAGGAAGGCUGGUCGGGAACUGGCAAGAAGAGCUCGGCAAUUCUGCAAGUGAAGGCUCUGUCAUCAAUGUAACUAAAUGGCUUCCGAAGAUAACGUUGGACGUCAUAGGACAGAGCGCUUUCAAUUACAAUUUUGGGUCGUUGGAUGGAAAAGAAACCGAGUUAGGAACCAUCUUCGAGAAUUUGUUUGUUGAAUCCCGGCUCUACCCUCGUGAAAUGCAGUUACUAUACCGUGCGCUGCGUCGCAAUGUUCCCGCUUUCGUGGCCAACUUUCUUCUCCAAUUUCCGUCAAAGGAGGAGAAAAGGUUCUUGGGCUUCUUGAACGCGUCGAAAAGAGUGGCAAGGCCAUUGUUCAAGAAAGCUUCUGCAGAGAAGAUAACUAGAGAUCAAUUUGAAGGCAAAGAUGUAUUGAGCGUCCUCGUCCAUGCUAAUCAAGAAGAAGAUCCAAAAAAAAGAUUGGAUGAGGACGAGGUACUUUCCCAAAUGGCCACGAUGAUAUUAGCUGGACAUGAAACCACCGCAUCAACGAUGACCUGGAUUCUUUACGCACUGACGAAAAACCCCAAGGAUCAAGAAAAGAUUUACCGGGAAAUACAGGAAAUACGUGAACGCAACGGCGAUAACGAACCGAGCCCCCAAGAUUUGGAUUCUAUGCCUUUCUUCAACGCUGUCAUCAAGGAAAGUCUUAGGCUAUAUCCUAUCGUUCCAAUCAUCACCCGCGAAGCUCAAUCAGACGACGCUAUACCCCUCGAAUUCCCAAUUACUACUGUUUCUGUUUCAGGAGAUCGGAUAUCUCAGAUACCUGUGAACAAGGGCCAAAGGGUAGCACUUUGUUUGGGCAUGUACAACCGGCUCCCGCAGGUGUGGGGCCACGACGCAGACCAGUGGAACCCCGGACGCUUCAUGAACCCAACGAAGAAAAGAACUUUGGGUGUUUAUGCAAAUUUAAUGAGUUUCAGUGCUGGUCUACGAGCUUGCAUUGGAUGGCGCUUCGCUGUCAUGGAAUUGCAAGCAAUCCUCUUCGGUCUCACUGAGAAAUUUGAGUUUUGUCCGCCCGCUUCAGGAGUGUUAGAUGAGAUCCAAGCAGUUCCAUUUGGACUGAUCAUUCCAAUGAAGAAGGGCAAAUGGAGAGAAGGUAAACAGAUGCCUCUGCUCGUGAAGGCAAGACGGUAAUCCAGUAAUCCGAUCGACUCGUGUCUCGUUUGUAUUCUGCCAGUAGUUCGAUUAGUCCUUUGCAAAUGUAAUAUA